AUGGCUGCUGCUAUUAAGAACCUUGUGGACAAAUUCCAGGGCCACUCUGAACCCGCCCUUCGCGAACCUUCUGCCGAGGAGGUCCAGGAGCUAAAGCAGAAAUAUGAGCAAUCAGGACAAUCACAAGUUUUUGCGUUCUUUCACGACCUGAGCCAAACAGAGAAGGCUCAGCUUUUCCACCAACUGUCCAACUUUGACCCGACCCGUAUCAACGAAUUGGCCGACAAGGCUCUGAACCCUCCGAAGACCGAGGAGACCGCUGCCGUUUCCCUUGAACCUCUCCCCGAAGUCGCUACCGCCUCCAUCCUAGAUUCGGAUCCGAAAGAAAUACAAAGAUUUUACGAUGAGGGUCUUGAUCUCGUAUCAGAAAAUCAAGUUGCGGUAGUCUUGCUUGCUGGUGGACAGGGAACACGACUGGGAAGCUCGCAGCCAAAGGGUUGUUUCGAUAUUGGGCUCCCCAGCCACAAGUCUUUGUUUCAGAUACAGGGUGAGCGCAUCGCCAAACUACAGCUUCUAGCAAAGAAGAAGUCCAACAAAGAUGCCGUGAUUCCUUGGUACGUAAUGACGAGUGGGCCGACGCGAAAGCCCACGGAGGAGUACUUCCAGGAGAAUAACUACUUUGGGUUGGACAAAAGCAACGUCACAAUCUUCGAGCAAGGUGUCUUACCAUGCAUCUCGAACGAGGGCAAGAUUCUGUUGGAGAGCAAAUCAAAGGUGGCCGUUGCUCCCGAUGGCAAUGGAGGAAUCUACCAAGCUCUGCUCACAUCUGGCGUAAGAGAGGACAUGCGAAAGCGCGGAAUCAAGCACAUCCACGCUUACUGUGUCGACAACUGCCUGGUCAAGGUUGCGGACCCUGUUUUCAUUGGAUUUGCAGCCUCAAAGAACGUUGAUAUCGCUACAAAGGUGGUGCGGAAGCGCAACGCUACCGAGUCGGUGGGUCUGAUUCUUCAGAAGAACGGCAAGCCAGAUGUUGUUGAGUAUUCCGAAAUCGACAAAGAGACAGCAGAAGCCAAGGACCCCAAAAACCCAAGUUUGCUCAAGUUCCGCGCAGCCAACAUUGUGAACCAUUAUUACUCUUUUGAGUUCUUCGACUCCAUCGAGACUUGGGUUCACAAGAUGCCGCACCACAUCGCCCGGAAGAAGAUUCCUUGUGUCAACACAGAGAGUGGCGAGAUUGUCAAGCCUGAGAAGCCAAACGGUAUCAAGCUUGAACAAUUUGUCUUCGAUGUUUUCCCCAUGCUUUCGCUUGAAAAGUUUGCGUGCAUUGAAGUCCGUCGCGAGGACGAGUUCUCGCCGCUCAAGAACGCACGGGGUACCGGAGAGGAUGACCCCGACACCAGCAAGCGUGAUAUUAUGAACCAAGGUCAGCGGUGGAUUGAAAGUGCAGGCGGUGUUGUUGUCACAGAGGAGAAUGCUGUUGGAGUCGAAGUCUCUCCAUUGAUCAGCUAUGGCGGAGAAGGACUAGAGUUUCUGAAAGGUCGCGAGAUCAAGGCACCUGCCGUCAUUGAGAAGGAGGAAUAA